AUGGGGACACCCACUGCAGAGAUGGACGGGUUACGACUACAGGAGAAGGAAGAGCCCGGCUGGGAUGCGCGGACAGAACAAGGUUCGCGACAGGCAAAGGAGAGCUACCACCAAUACACCAGCGAAGAGGCACGGGAAGAGGACGAUAGAGAAACAGCUCUGCGGGCAGAGCUCAAGUCGGUACGAGAUAUCAAUUCUGUGAUAGAAGGCGUUGUUGAAAGCCUGGAACGUGCAAAGGGAAACAUGGAGAGCGUUGCCCGGACGGUUUCCUCUGCCUCUACCCUACUUGACACCUGGACUCGCAUUCUUUCCCAGACGGAGCAUAACAGAAGACUCGUUUUAGAUCCAUCGUGGCAGGGUGCUACUCAAGAUAUGGCCGAUAUAGAGACCGAGGCUCGUGAACGACAACAAGAGGCAGAGCGAAGAGAACUUGAGCUCCAAGAGCGGAAACUAGCACAAGAACGUAAGGCCGAGGAAGAACAGCGGAGGCGAACAGCACAAACAUCGUCAACCACUAGGGCAAGGCGCGGCAUUGCGAGGCCGUCCACAACACGAACAGGAGUGAGUCGCACUCAAAGCAUUUCUCGAACACAGGCUGGACAGCCUUCUACACGAGUGCCUACGAGUACUACAAGGGGGAUACCUACUGCCAGAAGAGCUGGUGUCGAGUAUGGGAGAACCUCGGCGAUUGCAAGGGGCCGGGGAAGGGUACGAGGGCCGUGUGACGACUACCCUCCAAGCCAAUGUAAAUAG